AUGAUUUUUGUUUUGUUUUGCUUUUGUUUUCCAGAGCCUAGCAAGCCUUUGAAUCUGACAGUCAUCAGAGCGACAUCGACGACUAUCGAAUUAUCUUGGGCGAAACCAGAACACGAAAAUGGAGACAUCAAAGGUUAUAGAAUAUAUUUCAUGCAUGGAAAUUAUACGGAUGUUCGUACGACGUCGACACCAGUUUUGGCUCACACGCUUGAUACUCUAAGACCGUAUACGGAAUAUAAAAUUUGGGUGAAAGCAUACACGUGGAAAAAUGAAGGACUUCAAUCGGAUUCGGUCAGGUACAGGACGGAUGUUGGGGGUCCGAGCGCUCCGACAAUAACAAAUUUAACGUGCCAAAGCAACAACACGUUGUUCGUUGAAUGGAAAAGGCCCAAACCGGCCGAUUAUUACAUAUCGGUCGAUCAAUAUUUUAUUUUGUACAGGAAUUACGAUUCGAGCGAAUUCGAAGAAAAAUCCGUUACUCCAGCGGAAUCAUUGGGAAAUAACACGGGAUUGUUUCAAACGUUGUUAACGAAUUUGACGUCGGAUACUUUGUACGAGAUCCAAGUUCAAGCAGGGACAAAGAGUAUUUACUACGAUAAAGAAUUGAUCAGAGGUUCGUUAUCCGGAACGAGAAGAAUAUUUGUAAAAACAGAAUGUGACAAAUAUACGCCCCUACUGAGUCAAGUCUCGAACGAAUUGAGUGCGGGAAUGAUAGCAGGUCUCAUAUGCGUCGUGGCUGCAUUAUUGGUUGCUUUGUCCGUUCUUGUCGUUUGGAAAAAAUGUUUUAAAGCGAGUUAUUAUUAUUUGGACGAUCCGACAUCCAUGUCCGUGCCUACAGCUUGCGAUUGGGACCAGCACAAGGAAAACGGUGUCAAUACUGCCAUUCCGAUUCAUUUAUUUGCUAAACACGUGGCUAGUCUUCAUUCGGAUGGAGACAUCGGGUUCAGUAAGGAAUACGAAACUAUACAGAACUCGCCGACGGAAGGUCACACCGUAAUUAAUUCUCAAUUACCGGACAACAAAAUGAAAAAUCGUUAUUUGAACAUUUUAGCAUACGAUCACACGAGAGUUCAUUUGCUCCCGCUUCCAGGUCAGAAAAAAUCAACGGAAUAUCUCAAUGCCAAUUAUAUCGACGGAUUUCAAAGAUCUCGAGCCUAUAUUGGAACUCAAGGUCCUCUUCCGGCAACAUUCAAUUGUUUUUGGCGUAUGGUUUGGGAACAAAGAGUCGGAAUUAUCGUCAUGAUAACGAAUCUCAUAGAAAGAGGCCGAAGAAAAUGCGACAUGUAUUGGCCGAAAGAAGGAACCGAAGUUUAUGGCGUGAUAAGUGUCACGAUGGUUCGAGAGGACAUAAUGGCAACGUAUACGAUUCGAACGUUUCAAAUACGUCAUCUUAGAGAGAGGACAGUUCUUCAAUAUCAUUAUACGAAUUGGCCCGAUCACGGUACUCCUGAUCAUCCCCUUCCGAUUUUGCGUUUCGUGAGCAAAUCUUCGGCAGCUAAUCCGCCCGAUGCUGGACCGAUAAUCGUUCAUUGCAGUGCCGGAGUCGGGAGAACGGGUGCUUAUAUCGUCCUAGAUGCCAUGCUCAAACAAAUAAGAGCUAAGGGAGAAGUCAACAUAUACGGAUUUCUUCGGCACAUACGAACGCAACGUAAUUUUCUAGUCCAAACAGAAGAACAGUAUGUGUUCAUACACGACGCAUUGGUCGAAGCAAUCGAAAGUGGAGAAACAAAUAUACACCAAGGGUAUUUGUCGCGGUAUCUAUCGACGAUGGUAGCGAAUCCUCAAUGCGACAAAUCAUUGCCGGGUAUCUUGGUCACUUCCUUCCGAGCCGAAGAUUAUAAUACAAUAUCAGCUCGGAAACCAGUCAAUAUAAAUAAGAAUAGAAAUAACGACAUUGUACCCAUGGAAUGUUUUCGAGUUCAUUUGACUCCGAAACCUGGAGUAGAUGGAAGCGAUUACAUAAAUGCAACUUGGCUCAUCGGAUAUCAUAAAAUGAGAGAAUUCAUAAUCACGCAAACGCCAUUAGAAAACACAAUAAUGGAUUUUUGGCAAAUGGUUUGGGACCACAGCGCACAAACUGUCGUUCUUCUAACCAGCACGGAAAGUCAAGAUUUGAAUAUAUUUUGGCCGACGGAUCAAAACCUUUUAGAGGGUGAAAAUUACAAAGUGAAACUCGUGGUCGAAAGCGAACAAAAUGGCUGCACGACGAAAGAUUUCGCAUUACAAUCCGCUCAAGACGAUUACGAUUUACCGGUUAGAAUAUUUCAUUUUCCAUCUUGGCCUCAUUCUUGUUCUCCGCUUCACAAAGUUUUCGAUCUAAUAAAAAAAGUACAAGAGUGGAAUAAGGAAACGCAACACGGUCCCGUCAUCGUCGUCGACAGGUACGGAGGUACGGAAGCAGCAACUUUUUGCUUGCUCACGUCUGCUUGCAAACAGUUAACUCACGAAAGCCACGUUGAUAUAUACAUGUUUGCAAAACUCUAUCACAUGAGACGUUUAGGAAUUUGGUCUGCUGUGGUAAGUCGGUUUGAAUUUUUCUUAAAGCGAACGAGAGAAAAACCAAACAGACGUUCCCGUGUCGUGUCGUGUCAUUAA